AUGGCCAACGUCAACAUUCGCCGGGAUGUCACCGAUCCCUUCUACCGCUACAAGAUGGAGCGCCUGCAGUCCAAGAUCGAGGGCAAAGGCAACGGCAUCAAGACCGUCAUCGUCAACCUCAGCAAUGUCGCUGACCAGCUGGACCGCCCACCGAGCUACGUGAUCAAGUACUUUGGUUUCGAGCUCGGGGCCCAGACCAACAUCGACCCAAAGGACGACCGCUGGAUCAUCAACGGCGCUCACGAAGCGACCAAGCUGCAAGACUAUCUCGAUGGGUUCAUUUCGAAGUUCGUCCUCUGCAAGGACUGCAAGAAUCCCGAGACCGUCGUCAGCGUCAAAGAAGGCGACAUCAUCUUGGACUGCAAGGCAUGCGGUAUGCGCACCAAAGCCGAUGGCCGCCACAAGCUCGGCGCAUUCAUCCUCAAGAACGCACCGAAAAAGGGCAAGAAGGACAAGUCUACUAAGAAAGCGGACCGCCGCGCUCGCAAGGAGGCUGAGAAGAAUGGCACUGCUGAGGAGAACGGCAAUGGACACCCCAGCCCUGGCGACAGCGGCUCAGACCAAGGCGAGGAGAAUGGCGAUCUUGCUGUUGAAGCCGGUAGUGACGACGAACUGACACGCAAGAUCAAUUCUGAAGCCAAGGAACUGCCCAGCGAGCCCGCUACGGAUGGCGGAGACGUCCAGUGGUCCGUCGACAUGUCGGAGGAAGCCAUCAAGGCCCGCGCCAAAGCCCUCCCGGAGGACCUCAAGCAGACUCUCGUCAUUGACGAAGACGCUGAAGAAGGCCAGAACGGCGGCAAGAGCGCCUACGACGAGUUCGGUGAUUGGAUCGACGAGCAAGCCAAGGAGGAGGGAAGUGUCAGCAAGAUCAAGGACGUCGACAUCUACAAGAAGGCCAAGGAUCUCGGCAUCGAGAGCAAGCACCGCACUCCCACCGUCCUGGCCAUGUCCCUCUUCGACGACAACAUCGCCAAGCAGAUCGAGCCCCGCGCGCCGCUGCUCAAGAAGAUGAUCGGUGACUCUGAGAAGCAUCAGAAGGCUUUCCUUGGUGGUCUUGAGCGCUUCGUUGGCGAGACGCAUCCCAACUUGAUGCCUACCGUCAGCGCCAUUCUGAUCCCGAUCUACCAGGAAGACAUCAUUCCUGAGGACGUGCUCAAGGCUUGGGGCGCAAAGGCGAGCAAGAAGUAUGUGGAUCUGCAGACGAGCCGCAAGGUGCGCAAGAGUGCUGAGAAGUUCAUGGAAUGGCUCGAGAACGCUGAGUCCGACGAGGACGAAGACGACGACGAGUAG